AUGACUCUCACCGUGAGCAGCGGUGGCGGAGUCUCUAGGCUCCACUCCAUAGACCUCACCGAUUCUUCCCGUACUCCCUUCUCCACCUUCAAACUCAUAAACUUCCCUUACCCAUCAAGAACCCGUCUCCACGUAGUCUCCGCCUCCAAAAAAGCCUCCUCACAAACCGGUCGGUUCGACAGCAAGAAGCGUCGAACCCUCGUCCCGACAACAACAACCAAGGAACAGCCGGAAGAAAGCAACAACGACGACGACACAGCACCGUCUCAGAUCGAAAUCGCCGACGACGAAGACAGGUUCGCGGUGAACACUCGCUUCAGAGGCGAUCCCAAAGACGCGCCAAAGUUCUCGAUAAAGGAUCUUCCCGGGCUUGAACCUGAUCCAUUCGAAGGUCCUCAGUGGGAUGGUUUAGGUUUCUUCGUUCAGUACUUAUGGGCUUUCGGCAUCGUUUUCGCGCUUGUCUCCGGCGGAAUUGCGGCGGGGACGUAUAACGAAGGUGCGACGGACUUCAAGGAGACGCCAGUUUAUAAGGAGGCAAUGGAGUCUCGUGACCUUCUUGAUGAAGCAGAGGGUUCGAACUCGGAAGAUGUGUUUGAGUCUAAUCCGACAGAAGUCGCGCCUAGUUUGGAGUAGUUUCAGUUCAGUGUUUUGUUAAAGCUAUAAUUCGAAGUUGAUCAUGAGCUUCUUGUGUUCAUAUAAUGUUACAGAAUCAAAGCGAAAAAAAAAGCGAUUAUUAAAUAAGAGUGUUGUGUUUUCUUGAUUUCA